UUUUCCUGGAUCAUUUCUUUUAACUUUUCUAGUCUUUUCUUGGUUCCAUGAGCUUUCUCGUCUAAUAUUUGUUUAGGAAAUAGCUUUUCUGGUAAUAAUGUAUGUGAAACUUUAGUUUUCUCUAUUAAAGGAAGAUCGGAAGGGUCUUUCACCCUCUGGAACUUAGUAAAUUCUCGGUUGGUUCGACGCAACUCGUCUGGUCGCUCGAUGACACUAUGAGUCAACUGAUCCAUGGUGUCUGGACUAUUUAGGGCGAAAAGGUAUAUCUCUAUUAAAGGAAGAUCGGAAGGGUCUUUCACCCUCUGGAACUUAGUAAAUUCUCGGUUGGUUCGACGCAACUCGUCUGGUCGCUCGAUGACACUAUGAGUCAACUGCUCCAUGGUGUCUGGACUAUUAAGGGCGAGUUCGGUAAUUCUAUUUUCUUUCUCUAUCUGCAGCUUCUGAUAAGAUUUAUCUACUGGUUCGGUAAUUAUAUUAUCUUUCUCUAUUUGGAACUUGUGGUAAGGCAAAUCUGAUGAAAGAUUCAAACUUUCACAGCUAGGAGAAUCACUAUUAUCUUUGAGGCGGGUA